AUGGAGGCUCCAUUCGUCGUCCAAGGAGGGUCUGCUAAGAACAUUUGGAAGCACCCCGUCUUGCUGAAGCACGCACCUGGAGGCUUCUCGUAUGAAAUAGAUUCUCUGAGUCGUACACGGAUAGCAAUCCUAGUAGUGGCCGCGUUGAUUCCCGUAUCGGUACUGCUCUUUCGGCGUCUGAUUACGGGGACACCAUUCUUUACGGCAAAGACCAAGCGGGACUUUACUGUAUAUAAUAAGAGUGAAUUCCUCGAACUUUACGAUAAGGAUGCAGUACCAUCAAAAGCACCGAUUGAGCCGCUAGAGGGCACUCGUCGCACGUGGGCAUGGGCACAGCUGUUGCUCUUGGCUGGUCUGGUGUCUGUGAAUAUUAUUGCGCUACUUACAAGGGUCUUUCACCAACAAGAUCUUAUAGAAGAAUGCGCUGAAUUGGGCUAUUGGCUCCUUCUAUUGAUGCUUCAUGCCUUUCGUUUUUAUCCAACCCCAUAUAGACCAUCACUAUCUCUCUUGGUGACUGUAUUCUGUAUAGUGCCACCUCUACUUCUCAUAGAGCGAGAUUUAUGGCCAAAGCUAUUAUUCAAUGCGUCCCCAGAAAAAUCACGUGAUGCUCGCCAUGGCUGGGAAGUCUAUGCGCGUCUUGGUCUUGCUGUGUCCCUGGAGCUUAGCGCUUUAAUGACACCCAGGCUAUGGUAUCCAGUUGACCCAUACUCCAAUGACCUUCCAUCUCCAGAACAGACAGCAUCAUUGAUCAGUUAUAUGGGAUCGUAUUCCUGGAUUGGAAAUCUCAUCAGAAUUGCAUACAAAAGAGAUAUUGAGCCAGAAGAUCUACCUGAACUCCCAGAUUAUGACCGGGCACGAUUAUGGAGCAAGAAAGUGGAAAACAAUAAGAAGUCAACUACCUUCAAAACCUUCUUCGCCUGUAUGCGUUGGGAUAUAUUGAAUAUGACUCUUUGUAGUAUUUUUCUUGGUUUGAUGCAGUUUGUUUGGCCUGUAUCCAUGAGGGAAUUACUUGCGUAUGUUGAGGGAUCAAAGGAGCCAGUUAUCACGCCAUGGGUAUUUGUAUUCGGGCUUUUCUUCGGCCCUCUCCUCACCGGUCUGGUCUGGGAAGCUUAUAUCUUUAACGCUACAAGACUCGUAAUACGAGUUAAGGCAGCCUUUACGCAGAGUCUACUUGAGAAAACACUAAAGAUCAGGUUCACACAAGACUCUGGCAAGGAUGAGAAAGAUCCAAAGGACCCAAAAGCAGCUGCAGUGAAGAAAACGCCACCCAAUCAGUCAAAGGUUGGCAUGAUUAACAACCUAAUGUCAACCGAUUUAGAUACACUCACAAACGCUCGAGAAUUUUUCUUGCUUGUAGGCUCUGUGCCGGUUGAGAUUAUAUUUGCAGUAGUCUUCUUAUAUGAUCUUCUUGGCUGGGCUAGUUUGGUCGGAAUUGGCAUGAUGGUUGCCACGAUGAUCGUUCCAAUUUUAAUAGCCAAAUCGCUGGCAAAAAUCCAGCGAGCCCUUAGGGAAUCAACCGAUGCAAGGAUCAAUUUGAUGUCUGAGACUCUCACGGCAGUCCGCAUCAUCAAAUUCUUCGGGUUAGAGGGGGCAUUCUUGGAGAAAAUUCGCGAAAAACGUGAAGCUGAGCUAAGACUAAGUCUUAUCAACACUAUCUGUAGUCUUGGGCUGCGUACUGUAUCAGUAUUGCUUCCUAUUAUCAAUAUUGUCGUCACCUUUGGAAUCUUCACCAAGGUUAUGAACAAGCCAUUAACUGCAAGUAUUGCGUUCACAUCAAUAAGCUUGUUCGAUAUACUGCGUGGUCAAUUUGGCUGGUUGGCUUUCAUCACUCAGCAAGUUGUAUAUGCGUUCAUCUCUUUCGAUCGUAUCGACAAGUUCCUAAACGGAGAAGAAGAACUAGAGAAUUACAAAUCUCAGGAAUCAGUGGACCCUCAAAAGCCCCCAGCAUACAACAAUGCCACGCUAUCUUGGAGUAAACCUGGCUCCGACGAAGAUAAUAAUUUUCGCCUUUCAGACAUGAAUGUGGAAUGCGUUUACGGCGGUCUUACAGUUGUUGCUGGGCCCGUGGGGUCUGGGAAAUCUUCCUUUAUACUAGGGUUGAUGGGUGAGAUGAGGCUACUAGAAGGGAGUAUCCAUCUUCCACGACAAUCCGGGAUCUCCUAUGUUGCUCAAUCCACCUGGCUUCAAAAUGCAUCCGUUAAAGAUAACAUCCUCUUCGGAAGUCCUUAUGAUGAGAGACGAUACCAAACCACCAUUGAGGCAUGUGGACUCUCGACGGACUUAAAAAAUCUAGAGGCUGGUGAUGAAACCGAGAUUGGUGAAAGGGGAACAACACUUUCGGGUGGUCAAAAGGCUCGAGUCUCGCUUGCUAGAGCUGUCUAUUCGCCCGCUCAAACGGUUUUCUUAGACGACGUGCUUUCUGCCCUUGACGCGGAGACUUGCAAACUCGUGGUUGAAAAGUGCAUCAAGGGUGACAUUCUUGCUGGAAGAACAGUUAUAUUAGUAACCCAUCAUGUCUCUCUGGUAGCUUCUGCUGCUCAGAAAAUCAUCGUUCUCUCGGACGGCAAAAUAGUCAGCGACUCUCAUAAUCUUACCAAAAGCACACUCGAUUUACUUAGUGGAGCUGGGGAAGAUGUAGACGCCGAGAUCACUGCGCCUCAGGAAGCUGACCCAGAUAUCAUUGACACGCCCAAACCCGCUGAUGCCAAGGUCCCUGGCGGCAAAGAAGCUACCAAGCUUGUCAAGGAAGAAGGACGUGCAAAGGGGCGAGUGCCGAAAAUAAUGAUUUGGAAAUAUAUCAAGAAUUUUGGCGGUCCGUUCGUUAUCAUUUGUAUUAUUUGUCUGAGUCUUACGAAUCAGUUUUUGGGUUUGGCGAAUUCGUAUUUUGUUGGUUUAUGGUCGGAUCAGUAUACCCAACAUCCUGACGAUGUCGACGUUAACCUUUGGCUUGGAUUAUACGCUGGUGUUCUUAUGGGAACCGUACUAUUCGAAACCUUCACUUACAUUGUAUGGUUUGCUUUCCGAUGGAUCGCAUCAAGACGUAUCCACGAGAAAGUUGUCAAGUCUGUCCUGUAUUCUCCAAUACGCUUCUUCGAUACUACACCUCUUGGGAGAAUCAUCAACCGGAUGUCCAACGAUGUUAAAUCAGUCGACUCAAGUCUCGGUGCCUACCUCCAGCAAGUAUUCCACCAGGCUCUUGAAUGUGCAUUUCGUCUCGUAGUCAUGUCCGGCCUCAUCCCGGCGUUCUUUAUACCUACUAUCGCUGUUUCAGUCGUUGGUAUCAUCUGUGGUAACCUCUAUGUGCGUGCCCAGUUGGGCGUCAAACGAAUUGUGUCAGUGCGAGAAUCGCCUCUUUUCUCGCACUUUGGAGAUACAAUCUCCGGUAUUGUUACUAUCCGCGGAUUCGGAGUACAGGAUCGUUUUCUCGCUGAGAGUCUAAAGCGCGUAGACGAUUUCUCCCAGCCUUGUGAGUCGCUGUACUCUCUAAACCGCUGGAUUGGGAUCCGUAUAAGUUGGUGCACUGGCGCAAUUGGAUUGGCGGCUGGUGUGAUUGCUCUCACAACCAAAGGAAAUUCUGCAGGUCUCAUUGGAUUCAGUUUGUCGAACGUACUCGCAUACUCCACCUCCAUCCUAUACUGUGUUAGGUACUUUACCAUGUUCGAGGUGGAACUCAACGGCUUUGAGAGGCUUGAGGAAUACAUCGAGCUUGAACAAGAGCCCUCCAAAACCAUCGAAGGCGAACCGCCAGCUGCCUGGCCAACAGAGGGAUCAUGCAUAGUCAAAGACCUCUGCGUCAAAUACUCUAAAGAUGGGCCCGAUGUCCUUAAUAAAGUCAGCUUUGAUGUUAAGCCCCGUGAGCGUGUGGGAAUCGUUGGAAGAACUGGUGCCGGUAAAUCGUCACUUGCACUCUCUCUACUUCGCUUCACAGAGCUCUCAGGCGGCAGCAUCAGUAUUGGUGGUCUUGAUAUCCAAAAGGUUAAUCUAGAAGCCCUCCGCCGCCGCGUCACCAUCAUUCCGCAGGACCCUGUGCUGCUCUCGGGCACAAUCCGUACAAACCUAGACCCCUUUGGUGAGAUUGACGACUCUGAACUUCAGGCCGCACUAGAGGGAAGUGGGCUGGCAGGUGAUAAGGUGGAUAUUCUUGAGAGUGCUGAAGGUACUCGUGCACCCACCCCGGAUGGCACAACGACGCCGGAUGUCCCCGCAAGACUGAAGACGAAGCGGAUCAAUCUAAACACCCCCAUCACGGCGGGAGGCGAUAACCUAAGCCAGGGCCAAAGGCAAUUACUGGCCUUUGCUAGGGCACUGGUGAGAAGGAGCAAAUUGGUGCUGUUGGACGAGGCCACUAGCUCCACGGACCAGUCCACGGAUGAGAGGAUACAGCAGACGUUGCGGAGCAGUUUUCCAGAUUCGUCGUUGAUUGUCAUUGCGCAUCGGCUGAGGACGGUGGUUAACAUGGACCGCAUUGUGGUGCUAGAUAAUCUUGGCAAGGGCGGUGAGGUUGUUGAGUUUGAUACACCGUUGAAUCUCCUCAAUAAUGAAGGUGGUGUGUUGAGGAGUCUGGCUGAGAAGAGCGGUGAGUUUGAGGAGCUGCUUGAGAUUGCAAAGAGUAGUGUUUUAGAAAGGGGUGGGGAGCCAUUGUAG